GUCAGGACUCUUUCCAAUCUUGUCCAAUCAGAAUGCUAGGGGAUUCCCCACGAACGUAUACUAGCAUAGGCAUGCGACGGUUGCCCCAAAGCACAACUCUAACACGAGCCGAAAUAUGGCUCCCAUAGCUAAAAUAAUAAGAAUCUUUGCGUUACUUGUACUCAACGCGCUUGGAUUUGUCCUGGGUUGCCCUUAUGGUCAGUUUAAAGACGAUAUUUCCUUUUCUUGCAUGCCAUGUUCAAUGUGUGUUGAGGAGGAUCAUCUUUACCCCCGAUGUAAAGCCGAUUGCGACAAAGUCACAACGUCAACACCCCCUCAGACGAAACCAAGUAAAGUCUCUGACGUGACACAAGCUACAUCGUCAGCUAUCCAAACCGUGUCACGCAUUUUAUCCACGACGUCACGCAUGCCUUAUACACCAUUUACUCUACAAUCUACAACACGCAGCGUCAUCCCAGGACCCAAAGAUCAAAUGGGAAAAUGGGGGAUAGCGAUCUUUGCCGUCGCUAUCGUUCUUGCUGUUGUCGGCUGUAUAGGCUUUACCUUGUGGUGUUGCUUUCGAGGUCGCGAUGCAAACAGGCGUCAACGGUGUUGCCGAGGUUUUUUAGUGUUUGGGAGUCAAAAUCCAACCACGACGCCUGUGGCAUGCACAGAAUACUCACCUGAAGCUGAUGAGACCAUGGUGUAAAUACUCCGUGGAGGAUCCAUCUGUGAGCGGCGGUACACACCUACAGUAUUUCAAAAAGGAAUGCACUCGAGAACCCACGGUGGCUCAUGAGUAGCGUAUAAACGGCUGAAUCCUUAUAUGUGAAUGUUCAUAAGAACAUGAACAAGAAUUCUACAGCUUUUGAAACCUGGAUUUAUAUUUUAUUUAACCUGGAUUUGUAUUUUAUUUCCUUAUUUUCUUGAUACCCAUGAAGCACUGCGGGUUACGAUAUAUAGAUUCUCCGAGUGCAACCUUAUUUGAAAUGGCUGUACAUUAAUAUCAGGGAUACGUUAGGGCCGAACCCGCCUAGGACGUCUUGUAGCAGUAAAACAAAUUCUACGCUAUGCAUGAUGGGUAGGAUAAAAACAUUCGCAAAGGACCAUGGAAAGGUUCAAUGGACCUUCUAGACUGUACUAGAAAUUAUCCCUGGGACGGUUGGACCCAUGUUCACAUGGCAACGAGUGUCAUUUGUGAUCAAGUGAAAAAAUCUAAUGAAGAAUAGUUUUAGAAUAAGUGUUGUUAAGAUCGAAUGAAAAUUAAGGUUUUCUA